AAACCAUUGUACACAAACAUAUAUUGCGUGAACAGGCUGUAGACGAAUUGUAAAAGAACUAAAGGUACCAGUGCGGUAAUAUUGACUCGGCUAUUGGAUCUUUCAACGAAAACCUAUUUAUUGGAAAACUGAUCAAUUAACUUACCUGGAACUAAUGGGAUACGAAGGUAGAAAUAGCAGAAAGAAAUUUGUUGAUGUACGUAUCGUUCGUAGCAAAACUGGACAUGCUAUACUAAAAGGAUGUUCAUUUUAUAAUUGGACUUUGGACCGAGAUUUACGGCGGUUAUCCAAAGAUGUAAUUGAUAAAAUUAACACAAUAAAUUAUCGGAUGAGACUCGUGUCGUUACAGUCUGCAAACAGAAUGAAAAGAAGUGAAAAGUUAGUUAAAACUUUUGAUUUACCACCUCUUAAACCAAAACAAGUUACGAUAGCUUCUGCCGGUAAGGAUGAUAAAAAGAUUGUGGAUGCAAACAAUCCAAAACAAUCGGACUAUAAAAAAGGAUAUAAUCAUUUGUUAGGACUUCGACAAGACAUGAGGUCUACAUCUCCAUCUGAUGGGAGGGAUUAUAGGAAAAUGUUUUAUUCCCCUGCACCUCGGUCCGACCAAGAUUUUGAAGAUGAAAACGAGGACCAAAAUGUUUCAUUGAUUGAGGAGCAAUCUGGUAGUAAUCCCCAUAUCAAAGUUGAAAAAUGUGAUGAAAGACUUCCACCAGUGGGGAAACCAGUUCAGGGUCCUCCGGAAUAUGCUCAAAAGAAACCAGAAAGAAGUGCUAGCUCGAAUAGUUUAGAAGUCCCAUCACCAAUGAUGAAACGACGGAGCCAAGAUGGGAAGUGCGUCACAGUUCUUACUCCUAAUAUACAGUCUAAUUUUAGUCAUUCCGAAAGCAGUAUUGUAGAUGCCAUUAAGCAAGAUGACGAUGCUACUUUUGAAAAGGGAAGUAACUCAAUUAUAAAGCCUUUGACAAUUACAUGUGGUAAGCCAAGAUCAACAGCUAGAGGUCAAACGUCAAAUCAUUUAACGACAAAGAGGACAGUUUCAAGAUCUCUAUCACCGCGGCCGAGGUUAACAAAUAGGACACAAGCUACACCAACCUUGGUGAUUAAAGGAUCUAAUUCUCCGAAUUAAUAUGCAAUAUACAUGUACACAUGUGCAAUGUACAUAUUUUGUUUGUUAUUGUUGAACCAAUAAUCUUAAGGUAGUGUUUGUAUGCAUAUUAUGUAAAUGCCAUGUAUUUAUAAAUCUAUAAUAUAUACAAAUAUUAUCAAUACAUCACUAUGGAAUCAAACAAUUAUCUGUAAAGCGGUGAAAUCAAUAUCCUAAUUGCUUGUGUCAAUUGUUUAAAACACAUAAUAUCAAUGGAUCUAGGAGAUAUUAAAAAGGGAUUAAGUAAUAACUGUAAGUACACACAGACUGAAUACUGCUGAUUCCAUAAAGCCAACAGGGUUACAGUCCUAUUUUGUGGCGACUUAUGCUCUGUCAUGGAUCUUAAA